AUGGCACCCAUCCCACAAAAGACCAUAGAUGGGCUCAUCAACGCCGUAUACCUGAUAGCGGACAAGAUCAAUGUUUUCACCAUAUACCAUCCAUACCUUACAGGCAUACCGGUCGUCAUAUUCGGAGCAAGACCUCUCCUGUUCCUUGUUCGUACGAUCUGGGGAGUUUUUCUCUACAUGUUUGGCUUUGAACAGUCUGGCGUUAGACGCGAUAGCCUUGCGUCGGAUUAUCAACGCCGUUACUAUGGCUCCACUGGGCUCAACAUCGAUGAAGAUUCCUACUUCGCCUACUUACAGUCUGCCGGCACACGAUACCCCGAAGCUGAAGAAGAUGAAGAGAAGAGGUCCGUCGGUGACUUUAUUGCGACGUUUAUUAGCGUGGCAUUCCAGAUAUGGGGAGGCUCGGCAGAGGUGUUCUGGCCAUACGGUAACACGAAGAAGGGCUUCACACUCUAUGUUCUGAUCACAAGCCCUGGGAGCGUGCCCUCGCUUCCCAUCAAAGACAUAGGUUGGACUGCGGAGGAAUGUACCCCUACGUUCUUUGACUUGCUCGACUUUCUCUUACGUGUACCCAGUCUCGUCCACGCUUUCACCGAGGAGUAUCCUUACCUGAGCGCCAUUAUAAUCGUCUUGAUUGGUCUCGAGCCCGUUCUCUUCUGCACAAAGACACUAUGGGAAGGCCUCAUGUACCAUUUAGGAUGCCACCCGCUGACGUUCAGACCAGGCAGCGUCGCUUGGCGCAUUCGUCCACGCAGGAACCGUGCGUUUGCCCAGGUCAGAGCGGAGGCGAUCAUCGUGGCGUUUGAUUAG